AUGGUAGAUUACUACAAGGUCCUUGAACUGCAAAAAGAUGCCUCACAGGAUGUUAUUAAGAAAUCCUACCACAAACUGGCACUAAAAUGGCAUCCUGACAAGAAUCCCAAAAACAAAGAGGAAGCUGAGAAGAAAUUCAAAGAAAUUGUUGAAGCAUACGAGAUUUUGUCCGACCCCCAGAAGCGAUCACUCUAUGACAAGUCUGUUGAGGAGAGCAGAGCCCGCAGAGAAAGAGCUGCAGCGGGUUUUAACAGCUACUUUGGUUACCAGCAUGGAUUCCCCCAUCAAGAAGAGGCCUUUGGAGGGAUUGGGCACCCCACCUCCGUCUUUGCUGAAAACACAGCUGGGCCAUAUGGUGUCAGAACAGUGAUAACCACUACUGAAGUGAUCAAUGGCAAGACCAUCACCACCCGGAAAAUCAUUGAGGAUGGGCAGGAGACAAAAGAAGUGGAAGAAGAUGGCCAGCUGAAGUCUGUAAUAAUCAAUGGGAGAGACUACCUGAAUUCAGUGCCUGAAUUUCAUCAAUGA